AUGUUCAACUCUUCACUGCGCCGUGUGGCGCGGACAUGUCCCAACAGCGUCCUCUGCAGUCGACCCUCCCCAACAGCCUCUCAUGGACAGAUAGCAGCUACCUUUGCUACGCAUUGUCAUCAACGACGAAACUCCUCUUCUAAGCCACCGAUACCGCCUAACAAUGGUUCUCCACCUAUACCUGCCGCCUCAGUGAAGCAGGUGGGCGCACCUCGCUCUACAGAUAAGCGACCAGGCGUUGAGUCACGCUUAUCGAAGCGUAAAGUCACAAAGACUGAAAAGGUCGAGGUUUCCAAGCCGAAGGAGGACUAUUCGAGCGAAUGGACGAGAUCUCUGCCGAGUGUGCCGAGCACUCAGCAUCUCAAUCCAAAAGAUGUCUACGUGGCAUCCUUCUUUUCAACACAUCGACCAAUCUCUAUAUCAGGUCCGCUUCCACCUGAAACCUCCAUAGAAGACAUCGAGAAGAUUUUCCAAGUUCGACCCCGAAAUCAACGGAGACCGCAGGAUGUUAUCUAUACCAUCUCGAAUGUGUUGCAGAAUCUUGACGAGAACGUGGCAACACAGCAACAACAGCAGCAAGCUGCUCAGCACGAAGAAGGUGUCACUCAAAGAGCAGAUAUCAUCAAAGCACUGACACAGCACAACAAUUCUGCCACCAACCCAGCAGACUCGAAUGUCAUUCAUCUCGAUGGUCAGCCACAGCAACAACAACAAAACACAGCAAACCUACGAGUUCCACCGAACGUCAAGCUCGUCAUCCAAGCCCUAGCACGCCAAUUCCGACCCUUCAACCCCCCACCAGCACCUGUAGCUGCUCCAGAAGUGGAGUUCUACCCAACCGAAGAACAAGAAGCAACCACCACCACAUCCCGAACUUCAACCACCCAAACAGCUACAACCACUCAAGAAUCCGCAACCCAAGAACAAACCGCAAACACCUUCUUCACCCCUUCCUUCCAACAAACCUCCCGCCGCACCCACCGAGCUACACUCCUCCCACGCCACCUCCGACAACUGCACCACUUCCGCAUCAGGGAUGUCCGCAGAAUAGGCGGGAUCAAGGAGAUACUGCUGAUCAGCGUGCGGAGACAGAGGAAGCUGAAGAUGAAGAAGCACAAGUAUAAGAAGCUGAUGAGAAAGACGAGGAAUUUGAGGAGACGGCAGGGUAAGAUUUGA